AUGAGUAGGGAUGGAGACAGGAUGGAGGAGAACGAAAGGAGGGCACUGGAGGAGCUGAGCAGAGCGAUGGGGCAGGAGCUUGGAGUGGAGGAUAGUGUGGGGGGAUCAAUUCAAGGAGAUGAGUUCGUUCCACCAGUGUUUUCUAAUCCUCCUACCCCUUCGGGUAAUGCUCUCCCACCUAUAGGAUCCCCAGUUGGAUCGGAUCAAACCCCACGGCCAGAAAACACUGGAAGUACGGCGAACUUGGGAGAAGAAGGUACACAAGGGGUGAUAUUGGCCUUGAUGCAGAUGGUGGCGAAUAUGAACAAAGACAUGAUGGAAGAGAGAAGGCGUAGGGAGGAGUGGGAGCAGAGAAGGGAAAGGGAGACGUCUGCGGUGCAAGCGACUAUUACGUCGACGCAGGUCAAGAGCAUUCCGUCAAAUGCUGACGAACUUCGCCGACAAUGGCCCAGGCCACCUCCCGAGCUGAGGGAGGCAAGGAAGAAGGAAGGGAAGUGUACUGAGUGCGGGGAGAGGGGACAUUGGUUGAGGGAUUGCCCGGUGAGGGCAGCGAAGGUAAAGGUCGGAUGGUUGUCUCCGUGGGGGGAGAAGUUCGGCGAACGUGGUGGAGGAUCGGGGGGUAACGCAGUACCUCUGGGACAGAGGAGGAACUUGAACGCAGUUGGAGGAGAUGGAGAGAUGGAAGAGGACCAGGGAAAAGAAGAGGACCUGUCGCAGUAG